UCAUUCUCAAACUACCCAAAGCAGUCCUCAACGUUCACGUCCAACUAUCAAUUUCUCGCAUCAUCGCAGUCUCAACUUCCCCAAAAAAUCGUAAAUUCCCCAAUAAAUUGAGUUAGUCCUACUAAAAAACUAAACAAAAACUAUAUUAAUUUGUCGCAUAAUCUCAGUCUCAACUUUCCCAAAAACCGUAAAUCCCCCAAUAAAUUAAGUUGGUGUUGUCACUCAAAACCUAAAAAAACUACAUCAUCAAACUAAUGGACUCAUGAGACAUCAUGCCACACACAGGUCAAGCAGGUGUGAAUCAGUUGGGCGGCGUUUUUGUGAACGGGCGUCCCCUUCCGGACUACGUGCGGAGGAGGAUCGUAGAAUUGGCGUUGAUGGGCGUCAGACCUUGCGACAUUUCCAGACAACUUCUCGUCUCGCAUGGAUGCGUGUCCAAAAUUUUGACGAGGUUUUAUGAAACGGGGUCAAUCAAACCGGGGUCGAUUGGAGGAUCAAAAACUAAGCAAGUCGCAACGCCCAACGUGGUGAAGAAGAUUUUGCGCUUGAAGUCAGAAAAUGCAGCCAUGUUCGCAUGGGAAAUUCGCGAAGUCCUCUUGUCACAGAGGGUGUGUGAUGUUAACACGAUUCCCAGCAUAAGUUCAAUCAACAGGAUUCUCCGAAAUUCCGGAAUGUUGACGGCCAGUGAGAUGAGCUUGGGUGGGAGUGGUCUUCUCGGCAGUCCGGGCAAUAAGGGCAAUAAUGGUGGUAAUAACAUGCAAUCAAAUCAAACCGUCGGGUCGUCGCCACACCACCACCACCUCAAUCAUCAUCACGGUCACGGGAUCAAUAAUCCACCACCCACUUCGUCCUCGUCGUCGGGAUCUUCAUCUCACCAAAAUCCGAACCACGCCUCGUUUCAGUUCUCCUUUUCCCAUCAUUUCAAUUACUUUGCCGGCUUUCCGUUCUGGAGUCAUUUGAAUCCUGCUGCAGGGCUGAGUAGUUCAUCCCCUCCAAUCAGAACCCCUGGUGGGGGCGGGCAUAAUAAUAAUAAUUCCGGUGGUGGUGACGACCAACUUGUCUGCUUUCCAAUUCCAACCCCGACAAACACCUCAACUGCCAGUACUGGAGAAAAACGGAUAAAAUCCUUCACAAUUGACGAACUUCUUAAACCGGAUGUGGACAAUUUUGCGAAAAAUUUGACCGCGCCGAACCGACGGACAGCUUUCUUUCAGGUGCAUCCGAAAAUGUCAAUUUUUCCUGUGACCCAAAAUUACAAUAGUAAUAAUAAUUUCCCCAAGAGAAAUAGCCCCCUGACCGGGAAAGACGAAUUGCUACGCGGUAAUAAUAACAAUACGAAGACAAGUUAUAAUAAUCGCGGCGUUGGCGUCGUGGUCAGAAAUAAUGAUAAGCGUCAAAAACUUUGCGAUUCGUCGUGUUGUUUUUCCGAUGUGUAAAAUAAUAAAAAAUCCAAUUUUCUACCUCAAAUG